AAAAUUAGAGCAACCAUCCUAAUUAAGAAAUGGAACUAAUUUUCUCCAAAUCACUAACCAAAACAGAUGUCCAGAAGAGGCUAUCGGUGCCGAUGACGAGCCUUGCAUCCCUGCCGGAUUUCGAAGAAGGGCACACGGUGGGUUUACGCGUUAGGGAUGCAAGAAAAGGCAAAGUCUGGAAAUUCAAAUGCUCAAUCCGCAAGAAGAAACACCCCAAACCCGUCUUCUGCUCCAAAUGGCUUGAAUAUGUUCGUUUUAAUGAUCUUCAGGUUGGUGAUGGAAUCGAGUUUUACAAGGAGAUGGAAGAAGCGACCGGAGUCAACUAUUACAAGAUUGAAGUGAAGAAAGCUGUGAAGAUUUUCGGGGUAAUUUUUGGUUACGUAGAGGCCUAGAUUAAUUAGUAAGUUAUGACUGAAGGCCCCGAUUUUGUACUUGCCGAACCCCUUUUAGUUAAGAUCGGCUGAACACGCCGGAAUCUUGACCGCCGGCGGCUUCUUUUCUGAGCUUUUCCGGUUAAUUUGCUUCGAGAAUAAUUACUGUGCUUGUAUUCGCCCUUGAUAAUAGAUCAAACCCAAUUUGUCUAUGGUAGUUUCCAGUUUAAUUAAUUCGCUUUUUUGUA